AUGGAGACUCUGGGGCAAAUAUGCACGCCACUGCGAGGGGGAGCGGCCAUAUCCACUGGAUGGCGAACGGGAUGCGAUAGGACCAUUGCAGUAGAAUUCCCACUAGCAGCACCUCGACACUGGUUGCGAAUGCACAGCAUUGAUGAAAACGUUGGCCGUAUGCCAGACUGGCUAGACGAGCAGGGCCUCGCAGAAAACACCAUCGUGGUCUACACUUCGGACCAAGGAUUCUUCCUCGGUGAACACGGCUGGUGCGACAAGAGGUUCAUGUACGAGGAGAGCUUUCAAAUGCCUUUCUUAAUCCGCCACCCAAAGGAGAUCCAGCCUGGGUUUAUGUGCGAUGAUAUUAUCUGCAAUGUCGAUUUUGCCCCAACCUUUUGCGAUCUCGCUGGCUUGCAGGUCCCGAGCUACAUGCAGGGUGUUUCAUUCCGAGAGCUUUUGAACGGUCGGCGGCCGGGGGAUUGGCAGCAGGUUGCCUUUCAUAGGUACUGGAUGCAUAAUGAUGCGGUGCACCAUGCCUGUGCGCAUUAUGGCGUGCGUGAUCAUUGGUACAAGCUUAUUUAUUGGUAUAAUGAGGACCUUGGCAUUGAGGGGUCGAGACCAGGCAGAAAGUCAGAGAAAGAGUGGGAGUUAUUUGAUUGUGAGGAGGACCCGCUCGAACUACUCAAUGUCUAUAAUGAUUUGCGGUAUAAGGAGACGGUGAAGCAGAUGACGCUCCUGCUAGAGAAGAAGAUGGAGCAGAUUGGGGAUAUUCCCCUACAUCCAAGGCUCGGCGCUUAA